UGUAGCCAGUGAUGUCUUUGUAUGCAUGGCAACACAUCUCUAUUGAACCGAUCUAUGACGACUAAAGAAUGGCUCCUGUCUAUCGUACGAUGCUGUCUGGCGACGAUAAAACGUUCCGUAUUCGCACUGUUCUACGCUUCAAGUUUCACUCCAAGCCCAACCAUGCCUAACCUUGCAAUUAUUCACGCCGGCGUCGCUGAGCUUCCCAACGGCACUCCCCUCGUUGUCGCACUCACAGGUGGCACAACAGGAAUUGGAUCGUACGUUGCUAGAGCACUUGCGAGGACUUUCACGAACCAAGGCGCAAAACUACGUGUGUACAUCGUCGGGCGCAACGCUGAGCGCGCGGAAACGCUGCUCCAAUAUGGCCGUUCUACGAGUCCUGGGUCUGAAUGGCGGUUUGUGCAGGUCGCAGACCUGGCGCAGAUGAAAGAUGUAGAUCGCGCCUCUGCAGAGAUCGUGCGAAUGGAGGAGGAGGCACCAUUUGCUGGUGGAAAGGCGAGACUGGAUGUGCUGUAUAUGAGUCAAGCGCUCUCGCCGGUUCAAGAAUCUAAACGUACCGAGGAUGGCAUUGACGCGCAGAUGUCGCUACUGUACUACUCUCGAAUGCGGUUCAUUCAAAAUCUCACUCCUCUAUUGACAAACUCUUCUGCGACUACGGGCGCACGCGUCAUAUCGAUCUUUGCCGGAAGCAUGGAGAGCAAUGUCAAACCGGAUAAAUUGUUGAUUGGGAUCCCGCCAAAAGAAACUUACGGCGUGACAGCUGUACGAAACCAUACCGUGUUCAUGAAGACAUUCAUGUUCGAAGCGCUGGCGGAAAAACACGCGGGUAAGAUCAGCUUUGUACAUAUCUACCCGGGGCUUGUUGAUGGGCCUGUAUUCUACAGCGACGUAAACCCGUUGUGGUUCCGUGUGUUAUGGCGCGUAUUCAAGCCACUGGCAUCUUUGUAUAUGACGGCGCCUGAUGUUUGUGGAGAGAUCAUGGUGUAUCUUGCGACGGCGCGGUACCCUGCGAAGGGAGUCUUCGAGUUGGGCGGUGGAGGUGAGAGUAAAGUUGUUGGUGGAGUCGCUUUCAGUUCGCAGCGUGAGCAUGGGGGCGGCGCGUACGGCGUGGGUCAAAGGGGUGAUGAGACGAAGGCUGUGAGUUAUGCGCAGGCGAGGAAAGACGAUACGGCGGAGAAGGUUUGGCAGCAUACGAUGGAAGUGUUGGAAGGAAAUCAAAAGACGAACGCUGGUCUGUAG